ACACCGACCCUUCCUUCAACGAGCUCCUCUAUCAAAGCGGCUGUUUAACCAUUUGGAUCGCCUCGUUAAACAUUCCCUUUUCUAAAAAAGUGCGGCCGCUAAGGUAUGUUUUUGUAGGCAGACUACUUUGAAAAUCAACCUUUUGUUUUUUUUGAGGGCGUGCCAAGUUUACGAGGUCUCCGAGUGUCAACCUUUGUUGACAGUUGUGCGCGAAUGAUGGCACGUAGCUAGCUAGUUUUGCUAACCGAGUGUGUAGCGGCCCAACGAUGAUUUAUGGAUAUUAAAAGCUGAUAAGUGGCAUUAGUGUGUUCCCGUACUCCCGAGCAAGAGCGUCAACCCACAAAAAGUGAGCCAACUGUAAGCAAAGUAGCUGCUGGUGUACUCGGGAAGUGGUGAGACAUCGGAAUAAGAAGUUGGAUCAACUUUCGUUGCGACCGUCCGGGCAACGCCGGCACCCGGGACCAUGUCAAUGUUCAGCACCGGCAUCCUGGUUCUGACAUCGCCCCUCCACGCCCUGCGCGUCGUCCCCGUGCUGAGCUCCGCCGCCAAGCUGGUGGAGCGCACCCUCUACGUCCACCUGCACCCGGGCCUCAACCUGGGCGGCGGCGGCCAACCGCGACCCGUCUUCAUCCCGCCGGCCGUCGACCUGUGCUCGCUCAUCACGCGCCUCUACAGUAACGCGGCCGACGUGUGCGCGCACCUCGACGUCCGCGUCCUGCUCGCCAACGUCCAUCCGUCCCCCGGCAUCGGCGGCCCCUUUCCCACGCCGCAGUACCUGUCCCACCCCCCCGAGGUGCUCCUGACGGACUUCCCCCUGCAGGAUCCGGCGCAGUCCAACCAGGUGACGCAGUGCCUGCGGGGUUACGCCGGACGCUGCUACGCGUGCCGGCCCGGCCUCCCGUCGGUGUUGCUUGAUCCUCCGCCGCCGGCUACGUCGGACCAAGAGUCGGAUCCCGGGCUUACGGUGCCCGAAGAGGAGGGGAAGCCGUUGGAGACGUACCCCGACGUGGUGGUGGGCGGCACCUUUGACCGCCUCCACGGGGCCCACAAGACUCUGCUCAACGUGUCGUGCUUGCUUGCCACCAGACGCUUCGUGAUCGGCGUGUGCGACCGAGGAAUGCUGAAAAAAAAAGUCCUGCAAGAGCUUAUCCAGCCGUACACCGUCCGCGUGGAACAGCUGAGCGAGUUCCUGCGGGACGUCAAGCCCACGCUGCAGGUGGAGAUCGUGCCCCUGGAAGACCCGCUCGGGGUGUCGGUGGUGGACCCGCUCCUCGGCUGCAUCGUGGUCAGCGAGGAGACCCGCAAGGGAGGCGAGGCCGUCAACAGGAAGCGGAUUGAGAAUGGCCUUCCUGCGUUGGUCCUUCACGAAAUCCACGUGCUCAAGGACGUGCACCACUCCGAGACCGAGGAGGAGAAAAUCAGCUCCUCCAGCCUGCGCUCCCGCCUCCUCGGGACCCUUCUCAUCCCACCCAAAGAAAGGCCCGGUCUGCCCCUCCGGCCGUACGUGAUCGGCCUGACGGGCGGCAGCGGCAGCGGGAAGACGUCGGUGGCCGAGCGCCUGGAGGCCCUCGGCGCCGUCCGCGUCGACUGCGACAAGCUCAGCCACCGAGUGUACGAGCCGGGAACCGCCGCCUACCGCCGCGUCGUGGAAGAGUUCGGACCGGAUGUCCUGAAUGAAGACAAAAGCAUCAACAGGCCCGCCUUAGGGAAGAAAGUGUUCGGAAACCAGGAAAGAUUAAAAGCGCUAACAGACAUCGUGUGGCCAGAGACGGCGCUUCUCGUCAAGAAUGCCAUCACCCAAGCCAGGGAACAAGGUAAAGAUGUGUGCGUGAUAGAUGCAGCAGUUCUUCUGGAAGCGGGCUGGACUGAAAUGGUCCACGAAGUGUGGGUGACCGUCAUCCCCGAGGAGGAGGCCGUAUCCCGGAUAACCGAGCGCGACGGCGUGGCGCCGGAAGACGCCCGGCGCCGCCUCCGGAGCCAGGCGUCCGACGCCCGGCGGCUGGAGCACGCAAACGUGGUCCUCAGCACCGCGUGGGAGCCCGAAGUCACCCGAAAACAGGUAUUAAAAGCGUGGAAUCUUCUACAGAAAAGGAUGCAGCAGAGGCGGGCGGGACAGUAAAAAAGUAAAACAGGCCGCGGCAAGGAGAACCCAAAACGGUACGACUGCAACACUCGAGUGCCUCCGUAGUAGCAGCAGCAGCAGCAGCAGCGCCUUUCGUACAGAGGACUACAUCGAAAAGAUGUACCUUUCACGCAGAACCCAGCAAAGGCAAUGACAUUCACGACGUCCAGCGUUAGCUAUAAAACACUUUGGUCGGACGGCCGCUGUUGCUUUCAACGCAGCAUUGGUAUCGUGCGCGGUCGAUCCAGUUGAAGACACGCGUACUCGGGGGGGGGGUGGCGGGCAUUUUGCGUGGCCGACUUUUACACGCUACAGUGACGGGCUCCAAACAUUGUCAAAGGCGCUAUAGAAUUUCCCGCAGAUUCUUUUUAUAAACCAUCAUAGUUUUAUCAUGCGUGUACUCAAACAAUUGUCGCUUUGUAGCAACAAAGCUUUUUUUUUUGUUUGUUUGUUUUCCCCCCUCCCCCUUUCACAACACUCAUUUGAUUGUAUUUAUAGAUGGCAAUAAUGACCUUUUUGACUUUGGGCCUUGCACAAAAUGAAUCAUUUGGGCUACCAAGGGACAGAAACGUACACUGUACAAGUAAUGCAUUUAUUGUUUCAGUGCUGUAGAGAAUUUCCACAAAUAAAUCAUGACCUUCCUUAGA